AUGGUCAGCAAUACUGUAUUGCGGACAUUCCGAUCCCUCACAUCCACCAUCUGCACAUCAUGUCGGCAAACGCAAUCGCUGCGACCCUUCACACACAGCACGCGGACGCUCAAUGCAGCACCCAUCGACCGCAACAAGCCUGUACAGUCAAUGGACUCACUCCUAUCAAACGUGGACCAGAAUUUUCGCCAAGCGGGCCAGGACCAAUUUUCGUCUCUCAUUCCGAAUGCAGACGGCACCGCCUACCGCAACCUAGUCCCGCGAGAGUGGGAGGAAGACGACAGGCACAAAUUACACAUAUACGCACAUAAACACAACACACAUCUAUGCCUUACCAAGCCCAAUCGCGAUCCCAUCAUCUCAGUGUCAUGUGGAAACAUUGGCUUCAGGAAAGCGGGGAGGGGCUCGUAUGAUGCUGCCUAUCAACUGGCGGCUUUCCUGAUGAACCGAAUCCAGGACAAGGGCCUGAUACCCCAGAUCAAAAAGCUAGAACUGGUAUACAGAGGGUUCGGGCCAGGACGAGAAGCUGUUACAAAGGCGAUAUUGGGCAGCGAGGGAAAGAAGAUACGGCCGCUCAUCACCAAGUUGGCGGACUCGACGAGGUUGAAAUUUGGUGGUACGAGGAGCAAGAAGCCAAGGAGAUUGGGUUAG